GUCUCAGUUGGUAUCAAAGAGGCCCUUGGGGUCAUGUUAUUUACUUGACCAAGAAGACUGCAGAUCACUUAUCAAAGAUGCAGAUAGCCUUCCCAAUGGUAUGUUAUGAACAUAAAAGCUCAAGUUUCUGAUGGUUCUUCUGUACAUCUAUAUUGUUUAAUCCUGUCCAGGUUUUGGUUUAUUGACCAGGUGCCCUUAGACCAGCAUCUCAAACUCUCGCCUCCCAGAUGCUGUUGUAUAAUUCCCACAAUUUUCUGCCCAUCUAUUGUAUUCAAAGAAUCCUGUUAGUUGUAGGCCAUCUAUGAAUCAACAUCUAUGGCUACAGAAUUUAAGGUCACUAUGUAAGACAUAUACAUCCCUUCACUGACUCAGUCCCUCUGCAUUCACUUUUCUAUCUGCAGACACACCUUUCAUCCAAUGAAUCCAAUGGAUAUGUAAGAGCAGUCCAUCUUGUAGGGUUGGUAUUUUUCCAUUUUCUUUAAGAAGGAGAUGGCAGUGUCCAAAACUGGAAAAAAAUUGGAAGAAUUGGGAAAAAUUAGGAAAGGGGGAUAACUUGAAGAAUAAUAUAUGUAAACAAAUGAUAGCAGUUCAUUUAUUUACAUUUUGACAUAUAAAUUUAACAUUUAAAAAAAAGAAAAACACGGGGCGUGGCCUGGAGCUCGAGCACAGCGGCCGCAUGUCUGUGUAGCUCCGUGCUACCACGGCCUGUAUAGAAGCGGUACGAGCACCCUAUGACCGGGAAUUUACCCAGCAACAAUGUCCCAACACAAGGGGAGAAGACAGACCGAAAAGGGGGAGAAAGCCGACUUUUUCACGGUCCGGAAUGCCCAGGGGAAAGUGAUGGCGAGAUCAGAGGAGCCCCAAGAUGGCGCCCAUGGCGGACUGAAUGACACUCAGGGUACAACUCCUGAAGAAACCCCAGCAACCCCACAUAUAAUACAGAGAAUGCUGGAUGACAUGCACCAAAAGCUGCAGCUCACACUAAAAACCUCACUAAACGAAAUCAAAUCCGAAAUCCGAGAUCUGGGUAUGCGCACAUCAUCCCUGGAAGACAAAAUGGCUGACCAAGCUGAAGCAUACAAUGCCAUGCGAGCCGAAAUGGAUGAAAUGCAGGACGCAAUAGAGUCCUACGGAAACAAGCUGGCGGACAUGGAAGACCGCUCCAGACGGAAUAACCUGCGCCUGAGAGGAAUAGCAGAGACCGUCAGCACGGCAGACCUCCAUGCUUACCUACAGGGCCUGUUCAAAAUCCUUAUUCCAGACAUCCACCAGGACAUGCUCCUGCUGGACAGGUACCACAGAGUCCCCAAGCCGAGGUUCCUGUCGGCGGACGAACCGCGAGACACACUAGUAAGACUACACUACUUCCAUGUAAAGGAAGACAUCUUGAGGGCAAACAGGCAGCGCCCAAACCUCCCAGCACCAUACCAGGGGAUCACAAUCUACGCGGACAUAUCUGCAGCAAUGCUGAAAAAGAGGAAAACUUUCUCAGGAAUUACAGAGCAACUGAGACAACACAAGAAGCCAUACCGAUGGGGAUUCCCAGUCAAAUUACUAGUCACGCACGAAGGCAAGAUGACAGCCAUCGCGUCCCCAGAAGCCGGUAUCCAAGCACUGAAAGAGUGGGGCUUGCCACCACCGAGGAUGCCGUCUCAAGCCGCAGCAAGGGCCAAGCUACCGCCAACAUGGAAGAAAAUCACGAGAAACAAAUAAGGCCGCGGCCCGCGUCCACGAACAGUGGCAAGUAUUGCACUAAGACAAUGGGACACUGACUAUGAGGGGGGUAAGGGCGCCUGAUAGAGGGUACGCAGUGUGAUAGACAUCACCCUAUCAUGUGUAUUUUCUAAAUCUAAGGGUAACCGUGGUAAAACCGGGCACCCAGAAGCACCCGACCUGACCCCCCCAUAACAAGAACUCGGCAAUUUACAUUUUUUUCUUCUCAGCCGACACGCAAAGAGGGUGCACACACCUCUGACACACCCUAACCAGGCCCGAAGACCAAUGCGAUCAGGCAUGGAAGCAUGCAGCUUCCUACCCCACAGUGCCUACCUGAGGCACAAGGCCAAUACUAUGGCAAAAUGUUUAGUUAUUACUGUUUUAAGUUAUUUGUUUACCCUCCAUGUUUUCCAUCUUGCACAACUAAUGCCUGCUCUACUUUCCAUUGACAAGACACACAAGGUUCCCCCACAUAGUGGAGGCUACUACCAACACAUGACACGAAAUAGGGAGGGGUCACCCGGUUCGUUAAUACUGGGAAGGGUGUCCCCCUCGCAAAUAGAUAAUACAGGUCCAUUACAACUCGAAAUCCAAAUAUACUACCCCCCAUGAGAAUAUACUCUCACAAUACUAAAGGGCUCAACCACCCAGCGAAGCGAAGCUUGCUUCGCAAAGAUUUACAAUAACUCAAACCUGAGGUAGUGUGCCUCCAAGAAACACAUUUUAAAUUCAAAGCACAUUCACCUCUGUUCCAGCAAGACUACCCACACCAAUUUCACGCCACACACUCCACCAAAUCUAAAGGGGCCUCAAUCCUCGUUAGCAGAGAUGUGGCGUUCACCCUCAUGCACUCCGAGGUAGAUACAGAGGGUAGAUAUGCUAUGGUAGUGGGGACAUUUAAUGACGUUCUAUACACGAUUGCAAGCGUAUAUGCCCCAAAUAAGGAUCAAAGAAAUUUCCUCCACAAGGUGUUUAAAAAAUUGUCGACUAUAAGUAAAGGAAUAGGGGUGAUAUGUGGCGACUUUAACCAUGUGUUGGACCCGCUGAUGGACACCACAGGCCCACAUACAGCCACUAGACUGAAGCCACUCAAGAGACAGGGCAGGGCACUACAAAAAUUACUACAAGACAAUCACCACUAUGACGUAUGGCGGGCACUACACAUAGGGGAACGGGGAUACACAUUCCUAUCCACAGUACACAAUACCUACUCACGAAUUGAUGGUAUAUUGAUUGCGGGCCAAUAUCUAGAACAGGUCAAAGAUUGCUCCAUUGAACAAAUAACAUGGUCGGACCACGCACCAGUGGUGAUGACCCUGGCAGACUUAUACGACUCCACACAUAGAAGCCCAUGGAGACUCAAUGCAACACUUCUCACAGACAAUACUUUCAAAAAAACACUAGAAACUGAGCUCACCAACUACUUCACAGAAAACAACACUGAAGACACAUCCCACAAUAUAGUAUGGCAAGCACACAAAUCAGUAAUCAGGGGGCUGCUGAUAAAGCGGGCAGCAUUCUUGAAGCGACAAGCACAAACACAGAUGCGACACUGGCAAAGGGACCUGCAGGACCUUAACUCCCAAAACCAACGAACCCCGUCCCAGGAACUGAAAUUGCGCAUCAUGACAAUCACACAGGCCAUACACAAACAAGCCCUAGAAAAAACAGGCUACUACCUGCAAAAACUGAAAGCAACCCAAUACUCGCAGGGAAACAAAGCAGGCAAACUGACAGCCCAACUUCUCAAAAACAAACAGGCACAACAAAAAAUAGCGUACUUAACAUCACCUGAAGGACACAAAAUAACAGCACCUAAAGACAUCAGCAACAGGUUCGCACAAUACUACGCCUCACUAUACAACCUAGCCGAGGAUGUUCACACACCCCAACCGGACCCCCAGGCGAUACAGACGUACCUAAGCUCCAUACCACUGCCUAAAUUCACACCCCAGCAACAACAGGAACUCAUGGCUAGCAUAACAGUUGCAGAAGUCGCGGAAGCCAUUAAACUAUUGCCAAUAGGCAAAGCUCCAGGCCCGGAUGGCUUCGCAAACUGUUACUACAAACACUUUGCCCCAAUCAUCACGCCACAUCUAACAAAUGCUUUCAAUAAAGCCACUGCACGACAACAACUGCCCACUGAAUCCCUACUGGCCCACAUCAUCACACUCCCAAAACCGGGCAAACCACCCACAUGCCCUCAGAAUUUCCGCCCAAUAUCCCUGCUAAACACUGACGUUAAGCUCUAUGCAAAGAUCUAUGCACUGCGUCUGGGCAAAAUGCUCACACAGGUUAUACACUCAGAUCAAGUGGGAUUCAUAAAAAACAGACAGGGAUGCGACAACACACGGAAGGUUCUGGACAUUGUACACAGUGUCCGCAGAAUGAAAGUGGGAGGGGUGUUAGUAUCGUUAGACGCCGAAAAGGCCUUUGACCGACUGGGAUGGAGGUUCCUCGAGCAGGUCCUCCUAAAGUUUGCAGUGCCGGAGGGUCUUAUCUCAGCGGUCAGGGCUUUAUAUAAUGCACCAACAGCAAGGGUCGUCAAUGCAGGGUUCGUAUCGGACCCCCUCAAAAUCUCAAACGGAUCCAGACAGGGAUGCCCAUUAUCGCCACUCCUGUACGUCAUGGCCCUGGAGCCUUUGGCGGCGGCAAUUAGGCAGCACUCCUCCAUACAUGGCGUAAAAAUAGGGGAUCGGGAAUACAAGGCGAGUUUAUUCGCAGACGACGUCCUCCUAACCCUGACACAACCCCACAUAUCCCUCCCCAAUCUAAUGGCCACCAUUACGGAAUAUGGGAAACACUCCUACUACAAAUUAAACGUCACAAAGACACAAGCCAUGGGAAUGGGGAUACCAGGGGAAUCACUCGAAAGACUCAAAACCGCUUUCCCUUUUGACUGGCGAGUGGACCACCUAACUUACCUGGGCAUCCGCAUCCCACCCCGCACUGAAAAAUUACUAGACCUCAAUUAUAACAAAUUACUGAAGGACACGCAAACCACCCUACAGACAUGGGAGGGGAAAUACCUGUCAUGGGUGGGGAGAAUCGCGGCGAUAAAAAUGAUGACGCUCCCGAAACUUCAGUAUCUCCUGAGAACUCUCCCCAUAAAACUGCCAAACGCGUACCUGAUCUCCUUUCAAAAAACACUAAUCAGAUUUAUAUGGACCAACAAAAGACCAAGGGUGGCCACAAAAAUACUACAAAAACCAACCAUACAUGGGGGUCUGGGACUGCCAAACAUUAGAGAAUACUAUAGGGCAACACAACUAACAGCAAUCAAGGCAGCAACAGUGGAAGGAGAAGCGCCACAAUGGACCCAAAUAGAGGCCCAUUGGACAAAUAGCCCAUCUCUAAGGGAGCUCUUGUGGCUCCCGAAAAAACUCCGGCCCCAACAGAUACAACCCCUAUUGACCACACAGUUAACACUAUACUUCUGGGACGAAAUCCGCAAGAGGGAAGGAAAGGAAGGAACACUCCUAGAGGACGCCCCAAUAUCGUGCAUAGCAGCAGGGAUCCCAACAUUCGACACAAAAAAAUGGAACGAGGCAGGCUGCACUAAGCUUAGACAUCUAUACCAUGAAGGCAACCUGUUGCCAUUCCCAGAUCUCCAAGCACGGCACAACAUCCCCAACAAGGCACUGUUCUCCUACCUACAGCUAAAAUCGCUGCUCACAGGGGUACAAAUAAAUAGCCAGGUGACACCCAACAAACACUCCAUAGAACAAUUUUGCCUAACCAUCAAACCCCCUAAAAAAACGAUCUCCACGAUCUACAACAUACUCACAGACGAUGAGGCGCACUUGGACAUGACAUUCCAAACAGCUUGGCACAAGGAACUGGGACAAACCAUAGACAAAGAGCAAUGGCACAGGGCAUUUACAAUACACAUAGGUAACACACGCUGCACAACACAUCUCGAAACAAUAAGGAAACUGCAUUACAGAUGGUACAUGGUACCUGAGCAUUUGACCAGGAUUUUCCCAAACUCUCCAAAUACGUGCUGGAGAUGCGGGAUAACAGGAGGCUCUAUGAGCCACAUAUGGUGGUCGUGCACGGAGAUUAAAAAAUUUUGGAAGGUAGUAGAGGAACUAGCGGGUGACCUGCUGGGCAGGCAGUGGCGACCCACCCUACAACAAUGCAUACUAUUUAUGUUACCACUCACAAUGACCAAAACAGAGGAAUCCCUUUUGUUCCACGUCCUGAUAUCAGCAGUAACCCUCAUAGCUAGAGCAUGGAAAUCGCCACAAAUUCCAUCCAAGGAAACCCUAACACAACAAAUAAAUAUAAAUUGGCGAUACGAAAAAAUGGCACUCAAACACAUUGGACAAAGAAAACACAUAGACCUAGCCAAUGCGAGGUGGGAAGAGUAUAGGGGUAAGGGACAAAGCGAACAAACAGUGGGGACGUGAGUGGGCACAAGGAGAGCACAGGAAAAGGCUACCCAACAAGGAACUAGGAGAUGGGAAAUCCUGGAAAUCACACCAUGUAACAUGUAAUAACAUUAGAGCAGGUGACACCACAAAAGAUCACGAGAACCCUUAUGGGAAAGGGUAACAUCCACUCACAUAGCCGGCGCUGAAGCAGGCCACCUCACACCCAAGAGCCCAGAAACUAGAGCAGGACAACACGUAACAACACGUAUUAUGCAUAAUGUAUGAUGCACGCUAUAUAUUCUAUGAUGUACGACAUGUAGUGUAUGAAACACAAUAUGUAAUGCAUGAUGUAACAAGGACAAUGUGUGACUAGUGAUGUAACCGGAAGACAUGGAACGUUUUGUGUUUUGUGUUUUUACUUGAUCCAUUCCCUUCCUUUCCCCCAUACCCUUUUCUUUUCUGUAUCCCAUGUUUUAUAACAUGUAAAACAAUAAAACUUUCAAAUUGAAAAAAAAAAAAAAAAAAGAAAAACACUAGAAAUAAACUGGUUCUUAAUUCAUGGGUCAGAAGUAAUCAAUAGAACAGGAAUAAGACAUUUUAUGUUGGGUAUUACAUAAUUUUAGCAGCACAUUUAUUAAUUAACAAAAAAACCAACAAGUUUUGCGCUCAAAUUCCCAUUACUCCUGGGCGGCAGCACCGACCAUAGUACACAUCAGCUCAAAUACAUACAGUAAAAACCAAAGAAAAAAGUUACCUGCACUCUUUCCCAAAUCCCUAUGUAUAUUUAAACAAAUGGAGGUUUUUAGUUACCUCCAAUGGCCAUGAGAGGAUAUGCCCACCUGCCCCGUCAAGGCAGACCUCUUAGGUGGGUCCUAACUCUAACCAUUCGCCUUGCUUCCUUGAGCUUCUGGCUAAGAUAUAUCUAAUGAGUCAAAAAGGGGUGCAGCCCAUCCCAUCUGUUCCCUAUUAAGGGUUAAUAAGCAUGUGGGGAUGUAUAUAAAAAACACCCCUUUCUGUCUCAUAAGAGAUAUCUUUGCCAGACGCUCAAGGAAGCAAGGUGAAUGGUUAGUUAGGACUCACCUAAGAUGUCUGCCUUGACGUGGCAGGUGGGCAUACCCUCUCAUGGCCAUUGGAGGUAACGAAAAACCUCCAUUUGUUUAAAUAUAUAUAGGGAUUUGGGAAAGAGCACAUUUAUUAAUUUAUUGCUUACUAAAUGUAUUUUAAAGAAUGCCCUAGUCCCAAAUUCCUUUUCACAGUCUAUUGAAGAGAUUUUACCAAUUGUUUCUCAUUUUGCUGUAUUUUAGAAGAUCAUCAAUUACAAUUACCCCAUAAAUUCAUUCAUAAAGUAGACACUCAGGGGUAUCUCACAUGGGCCUUGAUUUAAUAAGCUUUUCAAAUGAUUCAAUACUGUUAGUAAAACUUACCAAAUCAUUUAUCUGCUGAAGUCACCAUUAAAGUCUAUUGAAAUCUUUGUAGAUAAAUAAUUUUAGUUUUUCUAGCCAUAUUGAAUUAUUUGGAAACCUUUUUUUAUGAUUUCAUAUUUUUGGAUACAUUCUUAAAAUAGUUUGAUAUUUUGAAAAAUAUUCUAAUAUUGUUAUAUUUUUGCUAUAUUUAUAUUUUUUAUAUAUGGUAUCAGAGCUUCUCCAAAAAUAAUAAAUUGGUGCCCAAAUUAGAUACCUACCCAUUUCAGUUUUAAAUUUUAAAUCCAAAUUACCCUAUAAAUGCAUACCAUUUGCAAAAGUAAAAACCAUUGAGUAUGCCAAUAGUGUAUAUUUUCCUUAUUUUAUAGCCACUUAAUACAUUUAUAUUGUUUUCUCUUCUUGGCACUUUUUAACAUGCACAUUGCAGAAUAACCUCUUUCCCGUACCCUUGUGAUGUGUUUUUCAAAGUACAGAGUAGAAUUAAUAAACUGCCCAAAACGAACCGCACCAAAAAGACAGUCAAGUAAAAAUAGAUGUAAAUGACAGUUUGUCAACUUGUCCAUGGGCUAUUGAGCCCGGAAUCCAAGAAAAAUGUUUGGUUAAUCCCAGUAAAGUGUGGAUUUGCCUGCUAACGCUGUCCAGUUCUUUGGAGAACGCUGCUUAUGAUGUGAUGAACCAUCAAAACACAGUGUUUAUUUCAAAAGAUAUAAAACAUCACACCUGGCAGCUAACAAAUUAAAAGAAGCAGUUUAAUAUCUCCAAAACAGCUGCCUAAUGCGUUUCGUACUUCAUGGCACAUAACUUUAAGAUGUACUUAAAUUGGACAGUGUUAUAAGACAAAUCCGCCCUUUUGUAGCAAUCCUAACUCUAAACACUAACUUUAACCCACACCUAAGCAUUAGCACUAACUAACCUAACCACUAACCAUAAACGAUAACUGUUACCCUAACCUUAAAGGGAUGCUAUAGUGCCAGGAAUUCAAAACUGUAUUCCUGUAGCUCCACCCUCCCCCACCCACCCUGGUAAAUAAAGGGUUAAAACCCCUUUAUUUACUUACCUUAUCUUAUGGGUCGAUGCUCCUCCCUCUCCGACAAUGUUUUAUAUUGCAGCACUGCACUGUUUUACAUGGCAGCACUAAGUGCAAAAGGGACAGUGCACCCAGACCAUUCAAUUAGCUGAAGUGGUCUGGUUGUCUUUUGUGUCCCUUUAAACAUUAAUUGUAACCCUAAACCUACACACUAAUUGUAACUGUAACCCUAACUAAUCCCAACCACUAACCCUAAACACUAACGCUAACCCUAAAGGGAGGUAUUACCCUACAGUUGAGAGGGAUUCACCUGCUCUUUGCAUGCUUGAGAGGCUUUAUUUCCCUUUCAGCUGCUACAAAAUACUGGAACUAGCUGUCACAAUAUUACAUUUCAGUGCAAUCAAACACAAUGAUCUGCACUUGUCAGUAUGCAAAGCUGAUCAAACUCUGCCAUGGACGAUUUCCCUGCAAUCAACUUGCAAGAAGGCCUGAUUGGUCUCUUCUCAGACUUGUGGGUGUCCCUCUCGUUAUGUGAAUCCCAGUUGAUGUCACAGAACUGUUACAGAACUUUGAGCAUUGAACACAACUCAUUGAUCCACGUGGAGCCACUAAUUGUGGCCCCAUUUGACAGAUGGGAGCCCCAGUUUGAGUGAUACCUGGUGUUCCUCAGAAAUCAGAGGGAAGCAUCUGCAUGAUGAAAUUAUUCUGUCAUGGGUCUUAAGGGUAAAGCAAACACGAUGGAAUAAUAAUGUCAAAUACAGAUUAAAAGUGCACACACUGAAGAAUACUGUUGUGGUUUUUUUUUUUUUUUUUUAAUUUUACAAGGCUACUUGAAAUCACUUAGCAAGCAACUCUGAGGAUUUAGUUAUACCAUUUGGACAUAUCAUAUUAAGAUCACUUUAAUGUUUAGUGUAAUAAUUAAGAAUAUAUUUUAUUGGCUACUACUGGAGGUUUUUGCAAUUGCUCCACAAAUAUAAGCCAAACACUUGAUAACAUGGAGAACAGUAGUGCUUUAUUGCGACAAGCACAGGGUUUUUAUUCUUGCCUUUGUUUAUACAGUAACCUCAAAUCAACCAGUUAAACACUGUUCUCUGCCCUCCCUCACUGUUUGAUGAUUGUGCCUUUUCAUAGUCCAGAUCUCCAUACCUAACUUUCAGUCAUCUUUUCAGUUUUGCUUCACAAUGCAAUGUAAUCGUUGGCUUGAGUUCCACCUUGUGCUUUGUGUUCCACACACAAGGAAAUCAAGAUCCUUGUCCAUAACAAUAGUGGUGAUAUGCUCGUACUAUUUUAUGUUUUGUAAGUGCAAUUUGUAUUAAAUAAGCAGUUUUUAUCUAGAAAAUCUGCACUAUAUAAUGCACAAACAGUAAAUAGAGCACUUAGUAAUGAAAGUGGAAUAACUUAUGAUAAAAAGAAAAAUCACAACACUAGUGCAAUAAAGAAUAAAGAAAAAAAAAUUGCUGUGCCACAAAAGUACAGGAAUGACAAUAAAGUGUUAUUUGCAAUAAUAUAGGGUAGGUGUGGGUAAAUAAAAUGGUCCAAAACAAUCUUAAAAAUAGUCUAUAAAUAAUUAUGAAUAAUAUGAAUUGCAGUGCAAUAGGAAUUCUUGGGUAGUCAGUAGGUCUUUGUGUCAGCGAAUAUGAUGGGUAGAAGUUUUCUUGUAAUCCAUAGAUACAUGCAAGACAGGAAAACAAGAAAUCCAAUAGUGCAAUAUGUCAACCUUAAUGAGUACUAAAAUAAAAUUCACAUUUGGUGGCGCUAUAACCAGCUCCAGUUUUGAUAGCAUACAGGAUGUGUUAUUGAGUGUCUGUAGAAGAUGGUGGUGUGUCCAUAGAAAAUGACAAAAAUGUAGAAAGCAGCUAUUAGUGCUCUCUAUUACAAUAAAAUUGGUGAAAUAUUGCAAAUAGUAAGUACUCACAAAGGUGAAACAGGCAAACUGCUCUAUGGAUAAGGUGCCGGUGGUAUGAUCCCCACCUGGUAUUUCUUUGGAGUAGACCGGAAACGAGGUAGUCAGGAAGUAAGUAUAUUUAAAAAAUAAAAUAGGGGGGCGUGGCCUGACUAAUGGCGCGGACGGUCGCAUGUGAGUAACGCUCCGUCCUUAACCGGCCUAAAACAGCGACUUACACAGCGAUCCCGACCAGCAAACGCAUCCCCACGAUGGCCCAACACAAGGGGAAGAAACCCAGCGAGAAAGGGGACAAGUCCGGGUUCUUUGCGGCCCGCAACCAAACGCCCAAAACUCAGACCCCCUUUGAAGAAGAGCAAGAUGGCGACGACACAAUCCCGCUACAGGACUCUCCAGAGACCAGCCAGUAACACAGGCAAUUCUACAAACAUGCCUGGAGGAGAUGACAGCUAAACUGAUUAAAAACUUCAACAGCUCAAUUACUGACCUACGGAAAGAUGUCCAGGAGCUGGGUGAACGGACAGCUCGCAUGGGAGAAUAUGCGGAGGCCCAUAAUGACAUGGCGGAUCACGUCCAAAGAUUAGAACACACGCUGGAAUCUUGCCAAACAAAACUUAUGGAUCUCGAAGAUAGGUCCAGAAGGCAGAACAUACGCCUGCGCGGCAUACCUGAAUCGGUGAAACAACCAGAAAUACCAGCGUAUCUCACUGAGUACUUCAAGAUCCUGGCUCCUGACCUACCUGUGGAUGUACUGCUUAUGGACAGGGCACACAGAGUCGCUAAACCGAAGUUUCUACCGGAGGAGGCCCCCAGGGACAUCUUCACCCACAUGCACUAUUUCCAUGCUAAAGAGGCUCUGAUGAAAGCUUCCAGACAAAACAAACACCUCUCUGAGAAAUAUCAAGCAAUACAAAUUUAUACCGACCUCUCCGCUCUCACCCUGCAAAAGAGGAGGGAAUUUAAAGAGGUCACAGAUGCCCUGCGACAACAAGAGGUACAAUAUCGCUGGGGUCACCCGGUUCGCCUACUGGUGCACAGAAAUGGAACAAUCCACACCAUCACCACCCCAGACGAGGGACGAAAAACCCUGAAAAGAUGGGGAAUCCAAGCGCAACCACACGGAAGCAACCAGCCAAAGCCCACCAAGAUACAGCCGGAAUGGAAGAAAGCACGCACCUGAGCGAGGGGGAGACACACCCGUCCCGGGAGAAGUUCUACUUUGUCUCACCUCACCAGCCUCCCCCGAUGAGAUGCUGCCUGGUCGGACUUUUCCCCAUACGGAUUUCUAGCCGACACAACAAGUUGGGAUUUCAGCGCCAACCAUGGACUUUGAACAGGGCAAUGCCACGUGCAGAGAAUCAACAGGAGACAUGAAACUGAACCGCUGUAAGACUUACGGGGUAAUAUCCCACACACAAACCUCACACUGCCAGCACACUCAUGCACGCCAACACACAUCGAUAUGUACCCAUGGUGGCGGAACCCAAACGCUCCAUACUCCGCUGACUUACCCGCACUGGUACUCCGGCUGGAGAACCGACCAGGCAGCGCCUACCGUUAAUGUUAUGAUUGUUUUCAGUUGUAUAUUGUUAAGGGCAAGGAAGGGUAAGGGCUAUGAUAUGUCGCAAAAGACCCACACAACCCCAAUAGAUGCCCAGUGUUACCGGGCCAAGCCGAGGUCCAGCACCACUUACACCGGGCAUGUGGUCACAGCGACAACUAGGCCGGGUUACCUAUGUUAUUUCACACUCUUAAGUACCACGCUCCCACAUGGUACUACUGUACAGCCAAGUAGCCCUUAAUAGGGCUUCAUUAAAGUUCUUCUUGUUAACCGUCCACUCACAGCACGGUUCCCCUUUAUUCCCCCUCACCCCUCUCUAACCUCUCUGGAGGAGGGCACUCUAACUUGCGAACACCGCAGGGAAACCCCCCUGAGGGGCCCAAUAUUUCUGGAGUAUCUUACAACUAGCCUAAGGGAGGAACUACCUCCUGCUAACACCCAAACCCAAAAAGAUAAAAAAACAAAACAAAACCUAGAUCUGAGGGAAAGACACACAAAAACACCCACGAAGACGACCCAAAGAGCACACACACAAAAGACCGAACCCACAGCAAUAACAGACAGGCACCAAUCCCAUCAACUGCAUGAAAAUACAAAGCCAUAAUGUUAGGGGCCUGAAUACCCCAUAUAAACGACACUGCUUACUCAGGGACUUUAAAAAGACACAACCAGAUGUGCUGUGCCUCCAAGAAACACAUUUUAAGACAACACCAAAUAUCAAGCCGUCACAAUUCCCUCACCAAUAUCACGCCAUAUCAGGUCAAAAAACUAAGGGCGUAUCAAUACUGAUUAGCAACCAGGUCUCAUUCCAAUACCACUCUGCGAAAACAGAUCCCGAGGGCCGCUACCUCAUGCUAGUUUGCACGAUCAACAACAACAAAUACACGAUAGUCAACGCAUAUGCCCCAAACACAAACCAAAGGAACUUCCUACACAGAAUUCUGUCUCUCCUCCGCCCAAUCCAAGAGGGGAUGUUGGUUCUGUGUGGGGACUUCAACCAUAUCUUAGAUCCUAACAUGGACACUACGACACAAACCCCUCAUACAACACGUUCCAGACAACAAACAGCCUGCAUGAGUCACCUAAAACUACUAGAGGAACGGGGGCUAUACGAUGUGUGGAGAGUCCUACACCCAACGGAAAAGGACUACACAUAUUUCUCUGCCGCCCACAACACAUACACGAGAAUAGACAGGUUUCAUGUUAAGGGUCGUCAUCUAGAUCAAGUACUGGAAUGCUCAAUAGGCACCAUCUUGUUGUCGGACCAUGCUCCCCAAACCAUAACCCUUAAAGAUAGCUACGACUUUAAACAUAAGAGCCCCUGGAGACUCAACGAGUCCCUGCUAACAGACAACUCCUUUACGAACGACAUACAGAAAGCCAUAGACGACUUUUUCACUCUGAACAAACCAGAGGACACCUCUAUUAGCACUACAUGGCAGGCACACAAAUCUGUAAUCAGAGGGCUUCUCAUCAAACAGGCCUCCCACGCACAAAAAACACGACGAGCCAACUGGAUAGCCUGGCACAAACAGCUGUCAGAUCUCACACACAAAAACAAAACCCAACCGACUGCAGACACACAACGAAAAAUUGGGGACAUAACGGAAAAAAUUAAAACACACACCCUGCAACAAGUCGGAUACAACCUCCGCAAACUGAAAGCUACACAUUACACCCAGGGCAACAGAGCCAGCAGAAUACUAGCAACUCGGUUGAAAAAAGUAGAGGCAAACGCCAAAAUACCAUAUGUAUACACAGCCGACGACACAAAAGUCGUAUCCCCCAUAGAUAUUAGCAACGCAUUUGCAAACUACUACAGCCAACUAUACAACCUAGCACACUCUAACCAUCUGCAAGUGCCGGAUGACCAGGAAAUCAUAACCUACCUUCAAGACACUCCACUACAGACCCUCACAGCAGACCAGGUGGCCACGCUACAGCACCCUGUCACAACCACAGAGGUAGAAGAAGCCAUACAAUCCCUUCCAUCUAACAAAGCCCCAGGCCCAGACGGGUUCACAAACCUGUAUUACAAAAAAUGUAAAACGACCCUUGCAAAACCCCUGGCACAGCUAUUCAAUUCAGCUAUCCAGGAAAAAAAGCUCCCAGAGGAGCUGUUAUUAGCACACAUCAUAACUCUCCCGAAACCAGGUAAACCACCAACUCAUUGCCCCAACUUUAGACCUAUAUCGUUACUCAACACAGACGCCAAAUUACUAGCAAAGGUCUUCGCCAAGCGACUAAGCACCAUCCUUCCCUCCUUGAUACAUGACGACCAAGUAGGGUUUGUAUCGGGGAGGCAAGGGGCGGACAAUACCCGUAAAGUAUUGAACCUCAUACACACUACACGGAGGUCGUAUGUGGGAGGCCUUCUCGUGUCCUUAGAUGCGGAGAAGGCCUUCGACAGAUUAAAUUGGGGAUUCCUGAAAUUGGUCCUGUCGAGAAUGAGCUUCCCUAGUCAGUUUAUCAAUAUGGUGGAGGCCCUAUAUAGCCACCCAACCGCAAGAGUGUUAAACGCGGGAUUCUGUUCCGACAAGUUCACAAUCACUAAUGGGUCUAGACAGGGUUGCCCCCUAUCCCCGCUACUGUACGUCCUGGCCCUAGAACCUCUAGCCGCUAGAAUACGAACGGACUCAUCCAUACAAGGAGUAUCCCUGAACCAACGGGACUAUAAACUGAGUAUAUUCGCUGACUAUGUCUUCCUCACAUUAACACAACCCCAGAUAUCCCUGCCAAACCUAAUGAAACACAUCACAACAUAUGGCCUCCUAUCCUAUUACAAACUGAACGUCUCUAAGACACAAGCGAUGGGAAUCAACAUACCCAACAAGCAAAUUGCGCUCCUUAAAGGUUCGUUCCCCCUAGACUGGAGGGAUGACUAUCUAACCUUCCUGGGGGUAAAAAUGACAAAAAACCCCGCCACACUGUUUAAAACCAACUACAUACCCCUAGCUAACAUUCUAAAAAGCACACUACAGUCAUGGGAGGGGAAAUACUUAUCGUGGGUGGGCCGCAUAGCAGCCAUAAAAAUGUCCCUACUGCCGAAACUGCAAUACCUAUACAGAACACUACAAAUCCCCAUUCCAUAGCCUUCACAUGGAGUAAUAAGAAGCCAAGGGUUGCGACAAAACUCCUACAAAGGCACCAAACACAGGGAGGGUUAGGUCUCCCUGAUAUAACCGCAUACUAUAGAGCAGCAGCACUAACAAUAGUGCCGCAACUGAGACCACAACCAUCAUCACCACAGUGGCUCCACAUAGAAAACCACUGGGCGGCACCCUCGACAUUGCAAACACUGUUCUGGACUCCCAAGUCCCAUAGACGGGACACCACACAUCUAUUACCCACAACGCAGCACAUAUUGCACCACUGGGACACCUCUCGACAACACCUGGUCCAUUACCUCCCAGUGCCUCUAGCUACUCCGCUAGACAUCCUGACCACCCUAAUACCAACAUGGGACAAAAAACCAUGGCAACAAGGGGGGAUAACUGAAGUGGGACAGCUAUAUGAAGGAGGUAAACUACGCCCAUUCCCAGACAUACAGAUCAAAUCAUACCUAUUCCUCCAGACUGACUUUCCCUUACCUACAGAUCAAAUCAUACCUAUCUCAGAAUAAAUCCCGCGUUAAUAACGCUAAUACCAGAGAGCACCUUUCUGAAUUCGAACUCCUGUGCACGCACUGAAAACGGCUAAAAAAAUUAAUAGCCAUAACCUACCGACUACUACUACAGACAGUAGACCCACCAAAUGACACACAUAUACAGUCCUGGCAUUCGGAACUGGGUAGGUCCAUAACUAGGGACAAAUGGGACAAGGCCUACUCCUCACACAAGGGAACAACUUCCUGUGCCACCCAUCUGGAGCUACAGCGCAAAUUGCUGUACCGAUGGUACCUAGUCCCAGCCAGAGUUCACCACAUCUGGCCGCAAUCCACAGACAAAUGUUGGAGGUGUGGACACCAAAGGGGCACCAUGACACACGUUUGGUGGACAUGUGACAAUAUCAAACCCUUCUGGCACGAAGUACAAAAUGUUAUAUCAAAUACUAUACGCACGCAAGUAACCCUCACCCUAGAACUCUGCAUUUUAUUCAUCCCCCCAGAUGAGACUUCCAAGGCCACAUGGACAGCCAUGUACCACGUACUAAUAUCAGCAGCGACACUUAUCGCAAGGUUUUGGAAACAAGUAGCAAUCCCAUCCAGGGAACUUCUCAUACGGCAAGUCUCACUCAAUUGGGUCUAUGAAACAACAUUUGCAACCCAAUUUGGAACCAAAAAACACUUGAAACAAGCCCAUACUAUGUGGUCAGAUUUCCUGACCUGCUCCACACCACGAGCCGUCCCUACAGAGAGUCUGCCCACGUCCACGCAAGACAAAACCCCAUGAAACCACACACUGCCCAGCCUCCGACGUGAACCACUCCUCCCACAGCACAAGAGAAUACCACCUCUGAUAGACCCCCACCCUCUACCCCACCUGCCCCCUCCCCCCACCCCCCUACCCUGACAGAGUUGAGUAUAUGCAAAUAACGCAAUAUAGAAAUAGGAAGCACAAUAAGGACCUAGGAACUACCCCAUUAGACAAAGUAGCCGGCUGACUUCAGAACAAUGUCUGGGGGAUAUAGAAUGUCGGUUACGGUUCAAUGUAUAUAAGUACCUAUCUCUGCAACCAGACACAAUGCAGGUCCUAUAUGUACACAGUUCAGAGAUCCACCGGAAAAGUAUAUGACAUGUAUGUAACCUUGUUUAAAGCCUAUGUGUUAUGCAUUUACUGACCAAUAAAAAUUGUCAAAUUUAAAAAAUAAAUAAAAAAUAAAAUAAAAAAAUAUUAAAAACAAAAGAUAAUUGGCACAGUAUGCAAGUACAGAGACCAAAAAAACCUUUAUUUAAAUAAAAUAAAAAGUAAUACUUUCCAUAAAGCAUAAGUGGGGUCUGUCAGACAGGUAAACAGGAGCUUAAACCUCCAAAAUUGAGGUAGGCAAGCUAGGAAUCAUUUUUAAAAAAGGAAGAGGAGGGUGGAAAAAUAAUAUUGUGCAGGAACAUAUGUCCUAUUUAAAACUUAACAUUUAAUAAGUAUUGAGAUAAAACAUCCAAUAAAUGGACUAAACAUAUAAGACUAACCACAAAAAAGGAUACAAUGGUAUACCUAUAGAAAAAUGAAAAUGUUGGCUGAAACUAAAGAGCGCCCUCGUGAGGGUACAAGAGCCUCACAGUAAAGGUGCGAGUGUCAGACCUCCAUUAGGUUGGUGCACACUAAGUACAAAUUAAUGUAGACUUCUUACUAGCAACUACAGAUGGAAUGCCCAUUGAUGCACAAAUUGAUGCACACUAGCUCAAUGUGUACUGCUUAAUAACUCUUCAGAGUGUAUCAAACAGAAGGGCUGUUAGGCUAUCCACAACAAAUUAUUGCCAUGUUACUGUGUUACAAAGGCAUUAGCUUCAUAGCCAUGGUGUGGCAGUCUUUGCUGUAUACUAAAGACAGUCUGAAAUGUUGCCGAAUGAUCUGAAGCUAUUUCAGAUAGACACAGAUUGAACUAACUUAACUGUUUAAAUAUUAAGUUAGAUGUAGAGUGGCAGGCAUCGAGAACAAAGCGGAUAUAGGAGUUGUGGCACAAUUUCUGUUAACAGUCUGGUCACUGUAUAACAAAUAGUAUAGUGUGAUAUUAACAGUCUAUAUAAAGAAAAGGUUUGUGGGUACAUAAAACGGGAGGUAUGCCAGAUAACUAGUGAGAUACUGGUUAUCUGGCAUAUCUCCCGUUUUUGGCGUAUCCAUUGAUUUAGGCAUCUCUAUGGGGAGAUGCUAAUUACCCAAGUAAUACAUUUGCAGGGAUAUUCUCAUCUACCCCCACAUUUCUGAAACCCUUCCCCUCUCCCCAAUCCAAAUAAACUCAUGCCAUUGGCACUACAAGACGUACCACUCAAUUCCUUUAACUGCUAGAGUCCUGUCAGGAAUGAAGUCCUCACAGCGCACUAGCUCUAGACGGACAAGAGUCACAUCUGCCCCAGUGCCCCUGAGUCCCACAGUUACCUCCUUUCCAACUGUCACAGGUUGCAGACUUACAUUGUUGCUGCCCUCUGAUCUGGUUACAAACAACACAGAGGACGUUGGUUCUAAGGAGCAUCCCUCCCCAGCUGAUGAUGCUGGCUGGCUGCCUUUUCCCAAGGCAAGUAACACUGAUGUGCCCCACUUGGUUGCAAAUGAAACAUCUGCGACUCUCUCCUUGCACAGAAAUGGCACUAACUCCCCCUCUCCCUAAAGGUAGAAGCUGGAACAAAAGAUGCUCGCUUGGCAAAACCUUUGCUCCGGUCCACUGUUACUUGGUUUGCAGUGUGGAAAUCUGCCAGCUCACCCACUUCCAAAGCUGUUUUGGGGUUCCUGUCCAGAGCUGCAAAAACUGUUCUUUAAAAUUAGAUCCUCCAAACUUGUUAUUUAUUUACUCCUUUUAGUUGAAGAUGAAAUGUUCCGCUCUGUUGAGGGACAAGCUGCUUCAGACGAAGAAGAGGAGAGUUGGGCUGAUCUGAAGGAGACACACAAAGUAUCACGUAGUCUAUCUUCUUUUUCUUGCUGCAGAAGUGGGUAUGUCUAUUAAAUUCCUAGUAAGUUAGGUUUGUCUUUUGUCUAGCACAUUACAUGUUUGUCCACAAAGUUAAAUGGACUGAACAUAUCCAUGUUCCAUUCAGAUUUGAAAAGUGAAACCAGCAUGUAUGUAGUUUGAUCCUGUAACCUCUAUAGGUCUAUAUCUCCUCAUAUAACACUACCCUCACCUCUGUACUGAAUGCUGCAGCCCCACUCCAAACAUGCACCUUGAGGAGAACACGCCCCCAACCGUGGUACACUAAAUCAACAUGCUACCUGCAGAGAUGCUCCUGUUCUACUGAAUGCUGCUGGAGGAAGUCACGCACCCAGUUGGACUUCCUCCACUACAAAUUUAUGUUGCGUUCAGACAGCACAGCCCUGGCCUUUGCCAAACAGUCAUACUUUUCCUCCCUCGUUAGCUCAUGCUCCCACAAUCUCAGGCAUUUUUUAAUAGCUUUAACUCCCUUCUUUGCCCUGCUGUUGCCACCCCCCAAACAAACCUUACAGCCGAUAGCUUUGCAUGCUACUUUACAGAUAAGAUUGAAUAGCUAAGGAAAGAAUUCUUACCACAUUGCCCCUUUAUUUCUCAACCACACCUGGAUCAUGCUUUUCGUACCCUUCAGACUUUCUACCAGGCUACUGAACACAAGAGGUGGCUGCACUUCUCCUUUCCUCUCGCCCCACCACUUGCCAGCUUGAUCCUGUCCCGUCUCACCUUAUCCGAUCUCUCUCCUCUUGUCUUGUGCCUUUCCUAACACACAUGUUCAACUGCUCUCUCUCUUCUGGUCUCUUGACCCAUCCUCCCCUUCUAACUAUCAUUCCACAUCCCUGCUCCCUUUUUUCUCAGAGUUUCUGGAAAGACUGGUCUCUACCCGUCUGAAUUGUUUCCUCAAUUCCAACUCUCUCCUCUUCAGUCUGACUUCCGCCCCCUCUACUCUACUGAGACUGCUCUUGUUAAAGUCCUUAACGACCUAAUCACAGCCAAAUCCAUGGGGCAUUACUCCAUACUAAUUCUUCUUUACCUCUGUUGACCAUGUUCUCCUUCUCCAAACUCUUCAAUCACUUGGUCUCUGUGACACUGUCCUCUCUUGGUUUUCCUCCUAUCUAUCCCAAUGCUCAUUCAGUGUGUCCUUUUCUUUUUUUUUUAUAAUUUUUUUUUUUUGAAAGUGCAAGUUAAACACAAGAGCAGGCAGUGUCACAACAACAGCUGCGUGCACAGUAGUUAAAGACAUAGUUAAACAGCAGUGUGACAUACUAAAGCAGGUAGUAGCACAAUUUUUAUAAUUUUCUUGAGUGAUGCAAGAACUAAAGGAGAAUAUGUAACAGGUUAGAAUAUAUUAGGUGGUGUAACCUUGCCAGUGCCGCUUCUGAUGGCCUGUAUGGCCGUACUGUCAUCUGUCCCCGUCCUCUUUAGCUUUGGGUGGGGUUGGGGGCAAGCUCUAGGGGCAUGCGCGCUAUAGUGGCUAGAGGCAAUAGUGGUAUGUGGCAUGGUUUAAUGGCUCCUUAACCCCUUGAGUCUGGGGGGGGGAGGUAGGCCAUCCGCCUGGCUGCUGAGUGGGGUUUCGUGACAGUGUCGUGGGCUUAAUGACACUAUAUGUGUAAUGGUUCCUUAAUGUGAGAUAUCUGUCUACACGAUGAGAAAUUAGGUUGUUGAUAUUAAACCAUAAGUAAAACGGAUAGAAUACCAAGAGAAAUAAAAAUGCAAAACAAACACAAUAAAGCAAAGCAUAACACGGAGAUGUGGGAGCCAAGCUCCAACUCGCCCAAUAUGUGACAACACCAGGAUGGAGGUUUUUGUUGCAAUGUCUCUCUAUCAGACGACUGCUCAGUCGGUUCAAGUUACCCGGGGCUGCACUGGCCCUUGUCCUGCUGGUUUUAUCUGUCCCGCAGGGGUAAAGUCCGGAACGUUAGCUACGUCCCACUUGUGUGGAGGUCUUGUCUUGGCCCCUGCCUUCUGUUGGAUGCCCAGCGCCGGUGAUGCCAGUCGGUGGUUGUGCCUGUAAUGGAUCGCCUGGCACCCCGACUGGGUACCUUCGUUGAAGGAUGCUCCUAGCGCUUCCUGAGGACUCCAAGCACUCUGGCAGACACCACAAUCACCGAACCGGAGAAACAAAUAAAUUCUCCCAAGCAUAUGAAUGCUGUAGACAGUUGAAUAGGAACCAUACGAAUAGGUUUACUCUCCUAGCAGUCAAACUGGAACAGCAUACAAUAAAUCCUUCCCCCAAUAAUGAGACGACACUUCACUUUGAGGGUUAAAACAGGAACUCUCUGGACUGGCACAUACAGCCUCUUUUAUUCCCAAUACACAAACUUAGUACUGCCCACAGGGUUUUACAGAACAACCAAUCAAUCCGUACAAUACACUCAGACACUCCCACACAAAAUCCUCCCUUCUGCCUGUGAUAUGAUUACUGAACACAAUGGGUAAUCUAAUUAUCACAGCCAGAGAAAUACAGUUUCAUAAAACACAUCACAGGGACCCCAAAACAUGCAAUAACCCCAUAAAGUAUAUCCUUGGAACCGGGGGAUCUGGGUGAACCACAUAUCCAAAAUUCACCCAGAUCCAUUCAGUAAUUUGGAAGAUACAGUUUAAUGCAGAUUCUGCAGAACAUAUACAGGCUAAAUGAAAAACAAUCACUCUAUAAUGUGUCCCCUGUUGUAUAGUCCAAAACCACUGCACAAUGUCUCUGUGCACCAAACACUGGCGAGAUGGCACCAUGUUGAAAAGUCCAAACAGUGUCUGGGAGUUAAAAUGGCCGCCAUCCAUUGUUCUCACCAUGUGCUUCUGAUACAAGAAAUGGUGGCCACCCAGUAACUCCACAGUAUGUCCCCAGAUGGUUCUUAAAAGGGCCAGCAGCAGCACAACACAAAUCCAUUAUGCCCAAAUCAUGUCUUUAAAGGGCAAUACAUCCCAGGGGCCAUAGUCACAUGGCAGGAGUCUGGCAAUCAGUCUUCUCCAAUGCCCAGUGGCGAGGUCGGUUUCGCCACAGUGCCCAUCUCGCGUAGCGAUAAGAAGCCUUGGGUAUCCCCAUUUAUAUGGUAUCUCUGCUGUUCUUAGUUGUGCCGUGGUUUCUUUUAAGGAUGCACGCCAUUGUAGCGUCUGGCAGCUGAGGUCUUGAAAAAAGUUCAGGUUGAGGUCUUCAAAUGCAAAUGGGGUCUGGCCCCUGACGGCCCUGAGAAAGCCAUCCUUGUCUGCACGGGUUUUGAAGUUCAAUAUGACAUCUCUUGCCGAAUCAGGUGCAUUGCGUUGGCGUCCCGGUAUGCGAAAUAGGCCAUCUAGAGUUAUGCUUUUGGCCUGUUUGGAUGGCAGGGCGGCCUGGAGCAGUCUCUUAAUGAGAUGCGGUAGUUCCUCUGUUACGGUGUCUGGGAUCCCCCUCACCUUGAGGUUUUUUUGCCUUGCUACAUCCUCCAGCUGCCCCAUUCGGGUGUUCAUCUGCGUGCACAUGGCUGUUAGUUCCAGCGUUUGAUUGGCGGUAGCUUCUUGCUGGGCUUUCAGGUCUUGGACCCCAGGUUCUGCAGUCUGAAUGCGGCCCGUGAGCGUAUUCAGCUCAGACUUGAGGCCUGCGAGUUCUGCCGCGAAAAAGGCCUUGAGGUCUGUCACCAUCCCUGACAGGUCAACCUUAGUGGCUAGUUGGUGGUCAGGUUGUUUCGGCGGUGCAUUCUGCAGCCUCCGUUGGGUUAUCUGGGUUGGUAUGUCACCAAGGUAUUCAUCAUCCGAUGCCGAAAGUGACUCCAUCCCCAGGUCGUGGUAGGCGUCCGCCAUCUUGGGCCUACAUGCUUGGGACAGGAGCUGCCCGAUAUCUUGUGUGUGGCUCGAGUUUUGCCCUCAGGGUUUUUGGAGUGCUUCCCCAUUGCCUGGUGUAUCCUCCGUAAGUGAUUUGUCGGUAUCUGGAGGCUUUUUGGGUGAGCCAUGAGGCUUUUGUAGAGCAGUUCUGCCGGAGCUCGGGUGCCAUGCGUCUUGUCAGCUCAGCCGCUAGCCCCGCCCCCCCCAGUGUGUCCUUUUCUUAUGAUACCUCCUCCCCUCGUCCUGUCUCGGUUGGAGUCCCCCAAGGCUCUCUCCUUGUAUUUCCCCUUCUAUUUUCUCUUUAUACUGCCUCUCUUGGCAAACUUGUGGAUUCCAAUACCACCUGUACACUGAUGACACUCAGAUAUACCUUUCCUCCCUGGACCUCCCCGCUGUCCUGCAACGUGUCACUGCUUGCCUUUCUUCCCUCUCUGACUGGAUGACCUCCUGCUUUUUGAAACUCAAUCCCUCUAAAUCUGAACUCCUUGUCUUUCCUCCUCCUAAUAUUGAUCCUCCUCCUUCACUCUCCCUUCAAGUUAGUGGUACCCACAUAAGUCCAUUCUUGCAUGCGUGCUGUCUUGGUUUUAUACUUGAUUCUGGCCUCACCUUUGAGCCUCACAUCCAGUCUGUUAACAAUUCCUAUAGAUAAUAAUAAUAAUAAUAAUAAUAAUUAUUAUUAUUGAUUUAAGAUGUAUCAUUGUAUAAGAAGAAAACCCUAUUCAAACCUAAGCAAAAAAUAUUAUAUGUAUGGGUACAGUAAAAGGAAAAAUAAGUAAAUUAGGUUGGGAAAAAAUACUUAUUUUUAAAAAGGACCAAUAUGACAUUCAAACAAUAAGGAAGGAUGUCUUGAAAAACUCUUGCUUUAUUCCAUAAGGUAAAGUGACACCCACAUCACAUGCCUUACAUAUUUCAUCCAACAGAUGGGACUUAACCAUAGACCAAACAUAUUGCAGAAGUGAAGGCCAAUACUAUGCACUGGUACAAUAAUAACAACUUGUGCUAAUGUACACUGCUAAGCCUUAACAUUAAAUCCACUGAUGGUAGAAGUAAAUAACACUGACUUUGACAAGGCCCAAAUAGUGAGGUCUAAAUGACAGAGCAUCUCCGAAACAGCAAGUCUUGUGGGGUGUUCCUGGUAUACAGUUGUUAGUACCUAUCAAAAGUGGUGCAAGCUAAGACAACCGCUGAACAUCAGAGCCAUGGGUGCCAAUGGUUUAAUAAUGCACAUGGGGAAUGAAGCUAGUCCCUUGGGUUCAAUGACACAGAAAAACGACUGUAGCUUAAAUUGCUAAAAUAAAUAAAUAAAUGAAUGCUGGCCAGGAUAGAAAGGUGUCAGGACAUCAAUACAUUGCAGUUGCUGCGUCGUUGCCAACCUCUCAUAGAGCCCAUGAUAACCCCUGUCCAUCCCCAAAAGCACCUUCAAUGGGGAUGUGAGCUUCAGAACUGGACUUUUAGAUCAAGCGGAUGGCAGGGUGCAUGUGCAUCAUGUACCUGCAUCAUGCACCAUGGGAAGAAGGUGGGCCAGCACUGGCAGUGUUAUGCUCUGGGAAAUGUUUUGAUGAUAAACUUUAGGUCCUGGAAUUCACGUGGAUGUUACUUUGACACUUACAACCUACACCUCUUCAUAGCAACAUAAAGAUUGUUGCUGACCACAUAUGCCUCUUUCAACAGGAUAGCAGUAACCUCUUUAGUAGGAUAAUGCACCCUGCCACACUACAUAAAUUGUUCAGUAAUGGUUUGACGAGCAUGACAAAGAGUUCAAAGUGUUACGUUGGCUUCCAAAUUCCCCAGAGUUCAAUCCAACUGAGCAUGGAGGCCCCACCUCAUAACCUGAGGACUUAAAGGAUCUGCUGCUAAUAGCUUGGUGCCAGAUACCACAGGACACAUUCAGGGGUCUCGAGUACAUGCUUCAAUGCAUUAGAGCUGUUUUGACAGUAUGACGGGGACCUACACAACAUUAGGUGGUUUAAUGCUUUGGCUGAUCAGUGUACAUGUGGCAAUUAGAUGAUUUUAUAAUACUCUUGAAGGUUGUGGCACAUCAAAAAGUAGACAUCAGUCAGCAUAUUCAUAUGUUUUAUUAAUUAUUUUAUCAAUCCUUUUCUUUUAAAAGGUGUGAUGACAAGAUGAUAAAGAAGCUACUCUUGUAUGCUGGGAAAUCAAGCAAUAUUGAUUACAGAAAUACUACAGUGUUCUUGACCGAGAAAGUUGCCCAACUGACAGAACAAAUCCGAUUUAAGGAUAGGGAAAAAGAAAAUAUAAAUAUGGAAAUGAACAAGGUAAUUAAUGAACUUUCUGCCAAGAUAGAAUUGGUAAUGUGCAUUGUAACUACUGGAAUGUACAGAUAGUAUUUGCAAGGAUGGAAAUAUAAAAGGCAGUGGGCCUAGUAAGUAUAUAUCUGUUUUUAACCAAGAAUAAUGACAGAAAGUGCAUUAGACAAAUUAUUUAUGGAGUUAAUACAGUUAAAAACAGCAAAGCAGUGUGGAAAACCAAAUGUUCCGGUGCAACAAACUGAAAAAAGUAUAGUAAGUAAAUUUAAGGUAUUAUAAAGAUAACCAGUGACAAAGCUCCCAUACUCCAGUUGAUUACCUCCACCAGGUCCACUUCCUAACUGCUAUCAGGAACCCUGGAGCACUUCAGACCCAGUGGCUGAAGCUUAAGUUGGAUGCAACUCUCUUCUUCCAGGCAGGUAUUGUCCCCUCUGCCUUGUCUCUUUUCAGCCAUAUAACUAUGUAACUGUAACUUCAUUAUUUGGUAACUUAUUUUUUUAAGUUUUUUUUUGCCUAUUAUUAUUAUUUGGUAAAUAAUUUGUUUUUAAAUGUUCCAAUCCAACAAAGAGGAACCCAGACCAUUUGAACUCAAUGUAAUGGACUUGUUGUGGUGACCCUUUAGUUUUAAUCCCGCAAUGUAAAGCAUUGCCGUUUAGUAGACACCUCUAGUGGCUGUCUUCCUUUCAACAACAACUGAAACUGGUAUUGGAGGUGUUAAAGAGUAGCAGUUACAUGUUAAUGGAUAAAGAGAAACUUUAAAUGUGUUAGGGAUGUGGCAGGUUCAAAGUUUAUCCUACAGAUAAUACAACAAGGGAAGCCACUUUGAGAGACACAGCCCAGAGAAUAAGGUUUCAAGUUUACAAGGUGCCACUCUACAAAUACAGUCCACUUGUCUCUUUUGGAGCAGGGUGAAGUGGUCCAGCUUUUUCUUAAUCUAUGCCCAUAAGCCCUGGAAAGUUCAUCGAGGUUGUUGAGGAAGGUUUCGGAUCAAUAUACGAAAAUUGUGGAGCUAGCCGCACAAAUGCUCUUCCACACCUGCUUCAGUUAUUGUUAAUGACCAUGAGGAAUAUGAGUUACAACAGGUAGUAGAUUCACAUAUUGCUAGAGGAAGAUUGCAAUAUCUAAUUCAUGGGAGAGACUAUGGUCCAGAGGAAAGGUAAUGGAUGCUGCAGAUGUGAUAAACAGAUGCAGUGGGCAGUUCUUUAGAGGGGGUAAUAUAAUGUUACUCACAGAAAAUGACACCAGCAUCAGUCUUGUAAAACAAAACAUGGCAAACUUGACACAAUAACAUCAGUACUAGCUGGCAGUCACAUAAUCCUGAAUCCCAACCAACACAACUGAUGCGAGCUGUGACCUUUGUGCCUUUUUCUAUCUCCAUGUAAAUGUGACACUAGGGCCUGGCCCUAUAUGACCUUUUUUCAUCAUUAGCUUGGUGCCCUUUUAUGGUUCAUAACCCCUAUGUGCCUUCCUGACUGUUUCUGAUUCUGGUAUACCUGACCUGGUUAGUUUUGACUCCGUUAUUCUGUUGCCCUAAUGUUUACCUGAACUAUCUCGUCCUGACUAUGAGUUUUAGACAUGUGCAUUAGUUUUUGUACGAAUAUGAUUUCAUCAGAAAAGUCUGUUUUUUUUUUAUUUGUUUACUAAAACAUAAAUAAAAGCCCUACAAACGAAAUAUAAACAAAAGGAAAGGAAAGGACAAAUGCCGAAUGCAUUACCUUUUCAUUUUGUUUCCUUUGUUUAAUAGACUCCUUGCUGCAGGGGAAUUAACCAUUAAGCAUGGAAAAAUAACAGUGCGCAUGCACUGGAAGAAAAACAAGGAGGGACCCGACAGCGCUACCAGCUCCCUCCUUGUAAUAAAUAACUAUUAUUGCCCCCUCCCUUAUUAAAACCUAUGGGAGUCACUAUGACACCCAUAUUAAUAAAAGAGAGAUUAAAAUUGUAAAGGAUCCUUCUAUUCGUGCAGUGCUGAUCCUUGUAGCUUCUCCCGAAAUCCCGCUGAAACAGAGUGAUUAUAGCUUCCAAUCCCCCAAACAUGAGUCGAGACUUCAUGAAGGGUAAAACUAACUGAUUUAAUGGGGGCUACCUGCCCGGUAUUUAUGCAGGUCUCCCACCUGGUGGACACUCCCCUAGGGGACUAGAUGGAAGACUGGGACAAAAGAAUUACAGUAGCCAAUCGCAGUGGCUAUAACAUAAGCACUCUCCUUUUACAUAGGUCACUCCCUCCUUUCCAUCCUGGAGAUAAUUAACUUAAGGUAGUAAAGAGAGCCUUAAUUAUCUCCAGGUAGAAAGAAACAUGGCUUUUCCAAUAUUCACAAAACAGCAUAAAAAUCUAUAACUUAUAUUUUACUGAACAUAAACUUUACAGGGAGUGCAGAAUUAUUAGGCAAAUGAGUAUUUUGACCACAUCAUCCUCUUUAUGCAUGUUGUCUUACUCCAAGCUGUAUAGGCUCGAAAGCCUACUACCAAUUAAGCAUAUUAGGUGAUGUGCAUCUCUGUAAUGAGAAGGGGUGUGGUCUAAUGACAUCAACACCCUAUAUCAGGUGUGCAUAAUUAUUAGGCAACUUCCUUUCCUUUGGCAAAAUGGGUCAAAAGAAGGACUUGACAGGCUCAGAAAAGUCAAAAUAGUGAGAUAUCUUGCAGAGGGAUGCAGCACUCUUAAAAUUGCAAAGCUUCUGAAGCGUGAUCAUCGAACAAUCAAGCGUUUCAUUCAAAAUAGUCAACAGGGUCGCAAGAAGCGUGUGGAAAAACCAAGGCGCAAAAUAACUGCCCAUGAACUGAGAAAAGUCAAGCGUGCAGCUGCCACGAUGCCACUUGCCACCAGUUUGGCCAUAUUUCAGAGCUGCAACAUCACUGGAGUGCCCAAAAGCACAAGGUGUGCAAUACUCAGAGACAUGGCCAAGGUAAGAAAGGCUGAAAGACGACCACCACUGAACAAGACACACAAGCUGAAACGUCAAGACUGGGCCAAGAAAUAUCUCAAGACUGAUUUUUUCUAAGGUUUUAUGGACUGAUGAAAUGAGAGUGAGUCUUGAUGGGCCAGAUGGAUGGGCCCGUGGCUGGAUUGGUAAAGGGCAGAGAGCUCCAGUCCGACUCAGACGCCAGCAAGGUGGAGGUGGAGUACUGGUUUGGGCUGGUAUCAUCAAAGAUGAGCUUGUGGGGCCUUUUCGGGUUGAGGAUGGAGUCAAGCUCAACUCCCAGUCCUACUGCCAGUUCCUGGAAGACACCUUCUUCAAGCAGUGGUACAGGAAGAAGUCUGCAUCCUUCAAGAAAAACAUGAUUUUCAUGCAGGACAAUGCUCCAUCACACGCGUCCAAGUACUCCACAGCGUGGCUGGCAAGAAAGGGUAUAAAAGAAGAAAAUCUAAUGACAUGGCCUCCUUGUUCACCUGAUCUGAACCCCAUUGAGAACCUGUGGUCCAUCAUCAAAUGUGAGAUUUACAAGGAGGGAAAACAGUACACCUCUCUGAACAGUGUCUGGGAGGCUGUGGUUGCUGCUGCACGCAAUGUUGAUGGUGAACAGAUCAAAACAUUGACAGAAUCCAUGGAUGGCAGGCUUUUGAGUGUCCUUGCAAAGAAAGGUGGCUAUAUUGGUCACUGAUUUGUUUUUGUUUUGUUUUGAAUGUCAGAAAUGUAUAUUUGUGAAUGUUGAGAUGUUAUAUUGGUUUCACUGGUAAUAAUAAAUAAUUGAAAUGGGUAUAUAUUUGUUUUUUGUUAAGUUGCCUAAUAAUUAUGCACAGUAGUAGUCACCUGCACACACAGAUAUCCCCCUAACAUAGCUAAAACUAAAAACAAACUAAAAACUACUUCCAAAAAUAUUCAGCUUUGAUAUUAAUGAGUUUUUUGGGUUCAUUGAGAACAUGGUUGUUGCUCAAUAAUAAAAUGAAUCCUCAAAAAUACAACUUGCCUAAUAAUUCUGCACUCCCUGUAAGUCCCACAUACCCCCAGAUAGCUUGGAUCUGAGUGCAUAUUCUAGGCGAAUAGCGCUCAGAUCCCACGAACACAGUUCUCAAUAACGUCGAAUGAAGUUUGGACUUCACCGGCCGUUCGCGUGUUUGUAUCAGAUAAAGAGUUCCACACUGUAGCUAUCUGGGGUCGGUCUCUUUCGCAUAAAUCCAAGUCCUGAACAGUGCAAUGUCUCCGGUAUUCGUGGGUUUUCAACCAUAUGAACGAGGACCUUUUAAGUAUCAGCGGUGUACAGCAGAAUAAGUAUCCGAAAAAGAGUUCCAGGGCAUCGCCGCCAUUACCGCUGGGCGUUCGAUUUAAAAUGGCGACUGCCACUUGUUCGGCAGACGAACGCGGACCACCAAGCUGUUCCCCAAUUACUCUGUGGGUAACCGUAAAGUCUGGGUGGUUAAUGGGCGCCACACGACCUCAGUAGGAGGUCGGGUGAUUCGGCAGUUUAUUCGUUUUAUUGCUAUUUGCACGAAAUCACCCCACACACGUCUAAAUAACCGAAGAGGCUGGUUCGCGUAGUAUGUUUCACAAGGGAUUUCGUUACAAAAAGCUCCCUCAUGCCCCAGUUGCUGCUCGCUGUCAUUUAACACUAAAUAUAAAUCAGUAUGGGGGUCACUAAAUUUAAAACUGAAUAUAAAAAUCAUCAGUGUCUUAUGUAGAAGUGAAAGAGAGCUAUGGUAAGAUUAUGUGUAGCCAAAAGUUAUAGCAAAAACUAUAACCAUGUUGCAAUAUGAAAAAGUAGCUAUUUAGAUCUAAAUAGCUACUUUUUAUACGUCGCCUAAACAAAUGAAAGCAACCACUCAGUGAUAUGAGUCAAAUUACACAGCAUGGGAAAAUUCCAAAGAGCUUUCCCACGCUGUGUAAAAUGACACAGAGCACUCUGAUUGGUUAGAUUUCAAGCCAACCAAUCAGAGUGCUGUGAAAGGUAAAUGUAGAUACUUACCUGUUUAACCAACCAAUCAGAGCUCUCUAAGUCUAAUUGCAGGGUGUGGGAAGGCUUUAUAAGCCAUUCCCCGCCCUGCGGAGCUCAUUUUUUGUUUUUUUACAGUUGCGACACGUAUUAUGGAUUUUUAUUUGGCUUUUUUGUGGGCUGAAGGAAGAAAAGAAAAGAAAGAAAGAAGACUUCAAAUGGUAAGUAUGACAUUUUAUUUUACAGGGUUAGUUUAUUGCCCCCCCCCCCUCUACUAUUAUAAGGGUGAGGGGGGUAGGUAGGGUAUUUUUAUUGGGGUACCCCCCAUUAUUUAUUUAAUUAGGGUCCCAACCCACCGCUCAUAGGUGGGGACAUUAGGUUCCCCCCCUUAUUUAUUUGGGGUCCCCACCCGCCGCUCAUGGGUGGGUGCCGCCAUUAUUUAUUUAGGGUCCCCACCCGCAGGUAGGGGCAUGCGGCAGGAUUUAACCUGUGCCAGGUUCCCCCUUAUUGCACCAGUGACUGGGCAGCAAUAGUGGUUCUUAUUCUCUUACAUGAAAAUUUAUAAUAGAUCUGGUUAGUGGAGUUUUCAGGGCCUUACUACAAAUAACAAUAAAAUGCUGGUCGAUGAGGUACCUUUUCAAGAGAAAUACAUGCUUUAGUCUAGUUAGAAAGCAUAACUAAAAUGAUGGAUCUGCCUCAAUCCUGACCAAGAAGGACUAUACAUGUAUGGAAUCAUUUUAAAUAUGACUAAUAUUUUUCAGGCAACAAGAAUCAGUUCCAUAUUUUUAGGACCCAUAUGUUACUUCUAUUAGAUCUUCUUAUUAAAAAUUGACAUAUUAAUAAGUAUAUUUUUUCUUCGGUAUAGAUAAAAAGCCCAUUACUAAAAGAACUUCAAAUGAAAGGGGAGGAGCUUGAGAUACUGAGAAUGGAUCUGCAAAUGCUAGAGACAGAACGAGUACGGUUAUCGCUCAUUGAGGAGAAAUUGCUGGAUGUUUUACAACUUCUCCAACAACUACAAAGCCUGGUAGGGAAUCUUUGA